AUGAACAAGCUCGAAGAGAACUAUGGUAAUAUUAUACCAAUAGGAGUCGGAGGGUUCUCCAAGGUUUUUCGAGCAACUCAUAAGAAAACAGGAGUAAACGUUGCCAUCAAGAUGAUUCCAAAGAAAAUAAACAAUGAUGACAGCGAUUAUGAAGAGAAAAUACAGAAAGAGAUAGAAAUUAUGAAGAUUGUCAAACAUCCUUUUAUUGUAGAACUCUUUGAAAUCGUUGAAACUGAAGAUGAAUACUUCCUAAUCAUGGAUUAUGCAUCACAAGGUUCAAUAUUGAAUAAUAUUAAUGAGCGUGGCGCUUUUUCCGAAGAUGAAGCUUCCAUAAUUUUCGCUCAAAUAAUUUUAGUUAUAAAACACUUGCAACAAACAUGCCAUAUUGCGCACAGAGAUAUUAAAGCCGAAAAUGUAUUAUUAGACGAAAAUAGAAACAUUAGGGUCAUUGAUUUUGGUCUUUCAUGUUUAAAUUUGAACGGAGAAAUGAUGAAAACACAAUGCGGAUCCCCGCCAUACGCUUCUCCUGAACUCAUUCUUGGAUGGCAGUAUACAUUCGCUUCAGACAUAUGGAGCUGUGGAAUUUUACUUUACAUAAUGGUCUGUAAGUCGAUGUCAUUUUAUGAUGAGAACCUGUCAUCAUUAGCGAACAAAAUAUUGUUUGCCGAAGUUGAAUAUCCAGAAUCCCUUUCCCCAUGUUUAGUUGACCUGUUGCAAAAAAUGUUAACAAAGAACCCACAGAACAGAAUUUCAUUGGAUGAAAUUCUUGCCCACCCUUGGCUCGCCAGCAAUGUGAAGUACGUAUCUGAUAAGAUCGAAGAGUUUAAGCCAAGUUUUAGUUAUAUUUCCCAGAAACUCAAAGAUAUUGGAUACGAUUAUGAUACAAUCGCUGGUAAUAUGUCAGAUGGACUUGUUAACCAAGGAACUGUUUCUUUUAACAUUCUUGAAAAAGAAUUUUAUAAUAAGAACUUUCCAAACCUCUGCCGUAUCCCAAUUGUAAAGGGAAAUCGCUAUGCAUCGUAUUCCCAUUAUGAAAAUCUCCCUCCAUUGAACACUCCACUCGGAUUGAAGAAAUUGAUCACUCCUGUCGGAAUUAUUAGGAAUAGGAAGCGGUCUUGCCACCGUGUUAGCAGAUUAAUUUAG